UUCAACAUUUGUCUAUUAGCGAAUUCUCGUGUAAAAUGAUAUUUUGUUUUAAUCUUGGGCGGCCGUUGUGUGUGUAACAUCGUUAUUCCUCCCUGUGCCUGUGAAAUCUUGUAUCCCGGUUGUAAGGCCUUAUUUCCAUAUACGCCAGCUUCAUUUUAUUCGUCCUUACUCGAAAGACAUCUGUUGUUAUGUCCUGUUAUUAUUCCUACUGUAAAACUAAACCACAUUUAAAGGGAGGGAUGUUGAUUAGCAACACACACACACACACAUACAUGCACGCACAUACACAUCUAUUUACACUUUGCACUGAUUCACUGAAAUUGGUUGCAGGAAAACCAGAGCUUCAAAUGAAAACCAAGCAUUGAUUCCAACUUUGGUAACUUCUGCCAGGAAUAUCAACCCAUCGCUUGAUCAAUCCCCUGGCACCUACGGCACUGUGGAACCUACAAGAGUGUGACACAACACUGUGACACCCAAAAGAGACGGCUCUAAUGGUCCCAAACCCGAAGAGAACACAACACUUGACACUUGAACGUGAAGUGUUAUAAUCAUCUGUGAAUAAUGCCUCCUCUACUCCAGCUGGCCGGUACCUUCUUUAUCUUAGCGACAUUCUCUGUAAGAACAGGUGCCGACGAUCGCCAACGACUUCGUUCGGUUGGCUGUUUUGUCUGUUCGUCCUUCAACCACAGCAACCCAGAAUGUGAAGAUCCAUUCCACAACCGAAACAAUCGCUUCUACCAUUCCAAAUGUUGGUCGAGCCACCGCAAUCGAAUCGGAGUCUACCCAGCCACCCAGUGCAUCAAAGUGGUGGCUACUGACUAUGAAACCGGUUACCACAUUGUGGUGCGCAACUGUGUCGUGGACAACGGUGGGACGACAUCGGAAUCGGAAAUCGGCAGACAAAGCCAUUGCGGCUGGGUUCGCGCCAUGAAGUAUAACAACAAGAUGUAUCGUGGCUGCGUCUUGGCCUGUGACUAUGAUGGCUGUAAUGUUGCCAGCCCUUUACACCAGCCACCACAGAUUUUCUACACAUUACUUGCCCUCUGCAGCCUCCUUUCUAUGCUGUUGGCAUCCAUAGUCUAAGGAGAGGGGUCUCUUCUCGGUAAAUUUGUGAACCUCGGUUUUAUUAUCUGAAAUGAAUAAAUGAAUAGACAUUUAA